AUGCUGUUUACGCGACAGGUCUUUUGGUCUGCCCUAACGUCAAUCGCCGUGGUGGGUCUUGGAAGUGCACAAUCUACACCUGGUACCGGGACUGUAACUACGGGCUCUACGACCUCUUCGACAUCGACUGGAAAGGCAACGCAUACGGUUUCAGUAGGACCAAAAACCAGUCCACAUGCCUACGUUCCCCAUAGCAUCACCGCAAACGUUGGCGAUGUAGUUGUUUUCGAGUUCUACCCCACGAAUCACUCGGUCGUCAAAGCGGAUUACGAUGCACCUUGUGUGCCUGCUGCUGAUGGACUUUUCUUCUCGGGGAUCUUCGAUGAUUUUGAGACCAAUAAUGGAAAUUUGGUUGGUGAAGUAAGUACAGUGGACUCUAGUGACGACAUGAUAUGUGGUAGCAGGGGGGCUUAUGAUUUUCUCGAUAGCCACCUAAAUGGUCGUUCAAGCUCUGACCUUAUUCUUCUACGCCAGCCGACUUUCUUUUACUGCACUGCAAUCGGAUCCUGCAAGUCGAAUGGUAUGGUCGGGGUUAUUAAUCCGAACUCCACCCAAACAUUCAAAACACAAUAUGACAAAGCAUUCGAUUCCCCAUACAUGCUACUUCCGGGUGAAUCACCCCCAGCGGAGGGAAGUGAAGGAACCGGUUCGAGUUCGAGUUCGAGUUCAAACUCGAGUAGUGGUUCCUCCGGUCUCAGCAAAGGUGCCAUCGCCGGAAUUGCUGUUGCUGGUGUUGUCUUUUUGGGAAUUUUGGUUGCUCUUUUCUUUCUACUCGGUCGUAAUCGAGUCUAUAAGCAGUGGAUGUCUUCUCAGGAUGGGAGAACUGAACGGACUGCUCGGUGGGCACUUUUCAAUCAUCCGAAUGGUGGACCUGAGGUGGCUAGCAAUGCAGGCAAGCCACCCAUGACCGAUACAACUUCCGUUUCGAGCCCCGACCCAGGUCGCUACAAUACCAUGUCACCGCCGCUUGGCGACGGUGUUUCUAGUUAUGGCCCUUCAUCGCCACGUCAACAGUCCGGGCAUUGGAGUUGGGACCCUUCCUUCAAUACCCGAAAUGCCCGUGGCCCAUCCGAGCUGGAGGCAACCAACAUCAUCCACCAACUUCCUGAGUCUAGCCACGAGCGUUGA